AUGGAGGGCAAUGAGGUUAUUGGCACACCGAAGCAUCCAGAUUGGUUGCAAAUGGUACGUGUUAAGGAGGGCGAAGUCCCUCACAUGAUUGCCUAUGUUUCGACUAGGCUGUCCCACUAUCGUCCCGCUAUGCACUGCGACAUCAUGGACCAUCGCGACAUUCUUGUCCUCUCCCUCUUCAGCGGGGGUGAGGUCCUCAAUCUCAUGAACAUCUAUUCGGACAAUCAACACACAGCCAUCAAGCACCUUGCUGCUCAGGUGCACUCUCUACCGCCUUUCAUUUAUAUGGCUGGUGAUUUUACCUGCAUUUCGACGACUUGGGAUGACUAUGAGCAUGGCGAAUCGUCGACGGCAAUAUCCCUGCAGGACACUGCAUCUCAGAUUGGCCUUGAAUGGGCAUGA